AUGAGUAACUAUCGACAGAAGAAUCUUGUUGCUGGAAUACUGGAUGAUGAAACAGUUAUUAAACAUAUUUCAAAAAUUAAUAAAACAGUUGAUGUAUCAAGUAUUUCUUAUUUAACAUUGACAUUACCUGUAAGUUUAAAACAUUGUUAUAGUUUACAAUAUUUAAGUCUUGCUAAUAAUCGUAUUAGUCGACUAGAGGAAUUAGAUGGAUUACCACCUAAAUAUUUAAAUUUAGUAGGAUGA